GUCAUUUUUCCCAUGGAUCCGGGCGUGCUGGAAACGUACAGAUAACGGCGAUUGACGUUGACAGAAAAGGAGACGUGUAGGCAAGACGAUAGUUGGUGGGUGACAGGGACGAGCGGAUGCAUAAUGGCUGUGACUCCCUACUGGCUGCUGCUCCUGUCCAUGUCAGUGGGAACGUGGUCAGUGCCCAUUGACCACAACAAAAUGCCCCCAGGAACUGAGCCCCCUCAAGAAGACAAGCAAGAUGACAAUAAGGACACAGGCCUGUACUAUGAUAGAUACCUUAGAGAAGUGAUUGAAGUAUUGGAGACAGACCCACAUUUCAGGGAAAAGCUACAGACUGCUAACACAGAGGACAUCAAAAGCGGACGCUUAAGUAAGGAGCUGGACUUGGUGGGGCACCAUGUACGGACACGUCUGGAUGAACUGAAGAGACAGGAAGUGUCAAGGCUGAGGAUGCUGCUUAAGGCCAAGCUGGACAACACAAAUGCACAUGAUAUACAGGUAGACCAUGCUGCUCUGCUGAAGCAAUUCGAACAUCUGGAUCCCCAAAAUCAGCACACCUUUGAGGCCAAGGACUUGGAGCUUCUAAUCUCCACGGCGACCAAGGAUCUGGAGAGCUACGACAAGGAGCGGCAUGAGGAGUUCAAGCGCUACGAGAUGCUGAAGGAGCACGAGCGGCGGGAGUACCUGAAGGGGCUCGACCAGGAGAAGCGGGAGGAGGAGGAGAAGAGGCUGGAGGAGCUGAAGGAGAAGCACAGGCAGCAUCCCAAAGUCAACGCGCCGGGCAGUGCAAAACAGUUCCGGGAAGUGUGGGAGGAAACGGAUGGCCUCGACCCUCAGGAGUUCAACCCCAAAACAUUCUUCAAACUGCAUGAUACUAAUGAGGAUGGGGUUCUGGACGAACAGGAACUUGAAGCUCUGUUUACCAGAGAGCUGGAGAAGAUGUAUGACCCACGGAACGAGGAGGAUGACAUGAUGGAGAUGGAGGAAGAGAGGCUGAGAAUGAGGGAGCACGUCAUGAAGAAUGUGGACACCAAUCAUGACAGACUGAUCACCCUGGAAGAGUUAAUUAAAUUCACAGAAAAGAAAGAGUUUAAUAACUCUCAGGAAUGGGAGACCCUUGAUGACAGGAAACCAGUGUACUCUGAGGCGGAGCUCCAGCAGUUUGAGGUGGAGCUCCGGGAUAAGGAGAUCGAGCUGGGUAGGCGGGCGGCUUCGCUACAGCACGAGGAGGAGUUGCUCAGAGAAAGGGGCAAGGCCCUAGAGGCACAGAAGAAAGAGUAUCAGCAGGCAUUAUUGGAGCUAUCUCAGAAGCAAAAGGACCCUCAGGCAGUAGUGGGGCAGCCACCUACUGGUCCCAAAGAAGAGCUGGAGUUUCAUGAAGAGGUGAAGAAUGCAGAAGAAGAUGCAAAGGUGCCUGUUUCUCAGGAGGAAGGCAGGGAGGCUCAGAACAGCCUCCCAGCAGAUCAUGUGCAGAGUCAGUCCACCCAGAGCCCCUAACGUCACCACAGUGCCACACCUGCUUGGGUGGUGUGCUGCCAAUUUGUCCAUCCAUCCAUCCAGGCCAUACUUGUUGAUCUUAACAUUUCAUUUUAACAUUGUAAUUAGUGUUCUGUUUGUUACCAACAGUAUGGCAACUCAAACAAUUUUUUUUGGAGAUAAGUAUUUUGGAGGUAAAUAUUUUAAUGUUGCCAUUUGUAGAUAAUCUAAGUACAUCUCUUAAACUUUUUAAAAUCACUUCAAGAUAGAUAAACAGAUUUUAAUUUAAAUCUAAACAGAUAUUUUGAUUACGAUAAAUAAAAUUAAAUCAUUCCAGGUCUGUUUAUGGCCAUAGUAUAAUAAAGAUAUCUUAAAUCCAUUUUUAAGCUUAAUGUAUGUGGAAGCAAUUAUCUAAAGGACUCUUUGAAUUUACAUAAACAUUGUGUGCCUGAAUUACAUUAUUACUAUUAAAUUUUUUUUGGCUUCUUUCUCUGAAAGUUUUGCCGUAGCUGUAUUUUCCAGAUGUAUUGCAAAGGCAGUGUUCAUUUUAAUUGGUGGUACUCCACUUGCAUAAAAAAAGCCUGCCAUAUUGAUUUCUUUCAGCAUCAGGCCAUUGUAUUGUCAUACAUGUGCGUUUGCAUCCCAGGUUCCCAUACUACUAUUUUCUGUUUCCUCUUUCCACCUUAAACAAUACUAAAGUGUUUGUACCAUCCUGCCAUUUUAGAUAUGGGGGGAACUUGCAAACUGUUUGGGAUAUGAACCUACAACCCUCAUGCCCCCAACGAUGCAUCGUCUGUGUUGCGUCUGUGGUUUACUUUUCACUUUAUAAUUUCUAUUCACAGUUCGUAUCAGAGUAGCUUACUGUUGCUGCCUCUUCCACUGUGUCAUUUUGUUUAUGGGUCUGUUUGUUAAUGGUGUGUAUCUCUGUUAUUGUGUUACCUAAAUGAACGCUUAUAUGUGUGAGAAAGCAGGUCGGCUUUUGGAACAGAUGCACUGGCACAUACUUUGAAGUCAUGUCAGCAAUGUGCUGUGUUGCUUAUAUUGUGUAUAAUUAUAGAUUGGCUUCUGUUUCAUGGUCGGUCUUACCUUUUAUCUUAUAUCAUGAGUGCUUUCUGCCCCAAAUGACAGUUCAAUCAGUACUUUUUUAUUUUUCUCCAUCAGGCUGCUGCCUUGCAAACCACUGAGAUUUUUCUGUAUACUCUAUGAACGCACAAUUCAUACCUUUUAAUGAAGAAUUUCUCCCUCUAAUGUCACCAGGGUAAAUUUCUCUGUUCCCCAUAUGACUUUAAGGGAAACAUAUGUGGUCUACAAAUUAUUUUCUGUACUUGAUACCUGUGUGCAGUCCUGUUUUUUUAUUUUUAUGCAGAAUUUAAAUCUUGUCAUUUUAUGCCAUAUCAGUGUUGGGGGUGAGGAUUAAGGGCAAGAAAUGAAAAUCAGCGCUCUAUUGUGUACUGUACUAAAAAAGACGAUCAAAUAAAAUGACUGAAUUUUGGUGCA